AAAACCUGUCAAAAUUCGUUCCGACGGUGUUCUGUUCGGUCGCGUUCGAUUAUUCUUUCUCUCGAUCCUGGUGCAAAAAUUCUUUCGGAGGAGCCAAAAGCUUCUUGGUUUUUCGCUGAUUUCCCGUCGCAAGCUAGCCUCUUCCGGACUCGGACUGUUUCUCCCGAUAGGCACUGUUUGGGGAGCUGCUUUUCAAAUUCAAAACCACAAUGACCAGGGCAAACAUCGAACUUGGCGAUGUCACGCAUCACAAUCUGAAACAGCUGAAGAAGAUCAACACAGUUGUGCUCCCGGUUCUGUACAACGACAAGUUCUACCUGGAUGUGCUGGAAUCGGGAGAGCUAGCCAAGUUGGCCUACUACAAUGAUGUGGUCGUUGGUGCCGUCUGCUCCCGCAUCGACACUUCGGACAAUCUCCGGAGGCUAUACAUUAUGACCUUAGGAUGCUUAUACCCGUAUCGGCGCCUGGGGAUCGGCUCCGUCAUGGUCAAACACAUCCUAAACUAUGUGGAAAAUGACGGAAACUUCGACAGCAUAUUCCUCCAUGUGAAGGUCGACAACGAAGGCGCAAUCGAGUUCUACAAAAAGUUUGGAUUCGAAAUUGUCGAGACCAAGCAGCAUUACUACAAACGCAUCGAACCGGCCGAUGCCCAUGUGCUACAGAAGACGCUAACCAGACGCGGAAAUCAAAACCAACAACAACAACAGCAGCAGCAACAGCAACAACAACAACAUCAUCAUCAGAACGGAGUCGGAGGCAACAACAUCAACCAGAGCAGUCAAAGCAUUCAAAACUCCACCUCCCAGCAACAGCAGGCACCGGAGAAGAACCGAUAAAGAGGAGUGAACCAGAUCAUUAACGACGGUAGGAGAGUUUAUUCGAUUUGUUAUUUAUUGAGCACCGACAGCAUCAUCAGAGAGCAUCAGAGCCAUGCUUCGGAGGUACAUUUUUGAAAAAUUCACACGUCGCACCAAUUUUGAGUUUCCUUUGGGAAAAGUUAGCGAAGGAUCUUCUUUUCUUUUUUAAUGAAACGUACACACUUUUAUUUGCUGCCAAAUUUUUAUCCAGUAUCUGGUGGUUUACCUUUUUAUGUUUGUCUGCAGCGUGCCGCGGAUGUUGAUCCGCAGGUUUUAGCGCUGCAGAAUGUACCUACAUUCAUUUGGAAAGUGUUUAAACUGUGCGGAGCGAACGAUUAUUUUAAGAAAAAAAAUGAUAUCUCAAUGGGUUUAAUAGAGGUCGAAUAAAGUGGUAGGCGAACAAUGCAAAA